CGUUCGUGGAUUGAACGUUUCGAACUUUGAAAGCAAGAACAGCAAAUAACAACAUCCAUGCCGUUCGGACACGCAAGACCGACACUACUUGGUGUCCGGGACAAUGCAGAGUUAGCUUCACUGAGUUUCCUACUAGACACAGAAUAAUGAAUGCAUUAUGCCCAUUUUUUUGUGGGAUCACACCGUGUCGUGUUCCUGUGGCAAGUUUAGCUCCCUUUUUGGAGGUUUACCGCUAUAUCCAUGACAAAGUCCGCAAAGGUAUCGGAUAACAAUUAAAGUUCGUAGUGGUUACCGAAGCAUGGAGGUGACCCUCCAGAGACCGCAUGAGUCAAAUGUGCCGGCCCUAGUCGCUCAUCUUGCGAAGAGUAUAUAUUCUCUUGGCAGAACCAAGGACAUAGCAAGCCUCUAGCGUGUGUUACAUUUUUUCGGUUCCUACUGCAAUGGCUCUCAUACCAUUGUUUAUAUCCCUCUCUGUUCUGGCGUUAGCCUCAGGAUCUCACGCAGCCAUCGGUCCUGUCACCGAUUUACAUAUCGUAAACAAAGACCUUUCGCCAGAUGGGGUCCAGCGCCCUACAGUUCUCGCAGGGGGCACAUUCCCUGGCCCGCUCAUCAAAGGAAAUAAGGGCGACAAUUUUAGGAUUAAUGUUAUUGACGAUUUGGUAGACGACCGCAUGCUUACCGCUACCUCUAUCCACUGGCAUGGUCUAUUCCAGAAUGGAACUAACUGGGCUGAUGGACCCGCGUUCGUUACACAGUGCCCCAUCGUUUCCGACAACUCCUUCCUGUACAAUUUUACUGUACCUAACCAAGCCGGCACCUUUUGGUAUCAUAGUCAUUUGUCCACUCAAUAUUGCGACGGUCUUCGUGGCCCACUUGUAGUAUAUGACCCGAAAGACCCCAACGCGGAUCUUUACGAUGUUGAUGAUGAGAAUACUAUUAUUACCCUUGCUGAUUGGUAUCACGUACUGGCUCAAACAGUUGUCGGUGUUGCAACGCCGGACAGCACGCUUAUUAAUGGACUGGGUCGCUCCCCCGAUCACCUGGAUGCAAAAUUGGCGGUCAUUACUGUUGAACGCAACAAACGAUACCGCUUCCGAUUGAUUUCGAUAUCUUGUGACCCCAAUUUCAACUUUUCCAUUGAUCACCAUUCGAUGACCGUCAUAGAAGCCGACGGAGUUAACACUCAAUCCUUGACAGUCGACUCAAUUCAGAUUUUCGCUGCUCAGCGGUACUCGUUUGUCCUACAAGCGAACCAACCAGUUGGAAAUUAUUGGAUUCGCGCCCGACCUAGCGGCGCUAAUGUCACGUCCUUUAACGGUGGUUUGAACUCUGCUAUUCUCCGUUAUGUCGGAGCUCCUGACGAGGACCCAACGACGGAUCAGACUCCGAACAAUACUCCGUUACGUGAGACUGACUUGCACCCGCUGGUUAACCCUGGCGUUCCCGGAAGACCUGUUCCUGGUGGCGCGGAUAUCGUACACAACCUCACCUUGGCCUUCCAAUCAGGUCGUUUCUCAAUCGACGGUGCUUCCUGGCUUCCUCCGUCGUUGCCGGUACUUCUCCAGAUAUUGAGUGGAACACACGAUGCGCAUGACCUGAUGCCCCCUGGGAGCGUUUUGGACCUCGAACUUGGUAAGGUAGUGGAAAUCAUUCUACCUACGGCUCCUGUUGCUGUCAUUGGCGGUCCUCACCCAUUCCAUUUGCACGGGCACAACUUCUGGGUUGUUCGAAGUGCUGGAACUGAUAAAUACAACUUCAACGACCCCGUCAUCCGAGAUGUUGUUAGUAUCGGCAACGGCACUGACCAAGUGACGAUUCGUUACGUUACGGAUAACGCUGGUCCCUGGUUCCUGCAUUGUCACAUUGACUGGCACUUGGAGGCAGGGUUCGGCAUAGUCUUGGCAGAAGGUAUUAACCAGACCGCUGCACACAACCCCGUUCCUGCUGCAUGGAACGACCUUUGUCCUAAGUAUAAUGCGAGUCUGACGACGGCGGGUUCAGGAUCAACCGGCUUGAACUGAAAGUUUGAUAUUCACGUUGCUCUUGAACCCUGAUCUUUGUUUUUGUUUUCUUUUAGUUCGUGUAUGUAUGGUAUCUUUGUACAACAUGGCCCCUUCGUACCCGACAGGAUCCUGCUAUAUUUUUGGUUGGAGUUGAAGGUUGAAUGUGUCUAUUCAAUUCUCUGUCACACAGGUCGUCGUGAUCGAAGUAGCGCACGGGUGCAGAAGAUACAAUAAUUCGUACAAUCAGGAUUAAUAUAUACAGUAGGUUAAUGAUGUACAAGAAGAUACUGUCCAAGAACCGUCCAUUACGUCGGGGGCACCUUUAGAGCCAGCUAAGAUUCGCCAGACCUCAGUAGGGACAUUCAAUGGAUACACUUUUGAAGAUAGCAGCC